AAAAGGCGUGGCCUAUUUGACAGGCGUUCCCAUCUGCCAGAGACCUGAGUCACAGAAACUGGCAGCCGAACAGAAGACAUGUGUGGAAUCUUUGCCUAUCUCAACUACCACGUGCCAAAGACUCGCCGGGAGAUCCUUCAGAUCCUCCUCAAAGGCCUGCGGCGUCUGGAGUAUAGAGGCUAUGACUCUGCCGGUGUGGGCAUUGAUGGCGGUAACAGCAAGGAUUGGGAGACCAACGCCAAAAACAUCCAACUGAUCAAGCAGCGUGGAAAAGUAAAGGCUCUCGAAGAGGAGAUUCACAAACAGCAGGAUAUUGACCUCGACGUGGAGUUCGAUGUUCACCUCGGGAUUGCUCACACCCGCUGGGCAACACAUGGCGAGCCAAGCCCUGUCAACAGUCAUCCACACAGAUCAGACAAGACUAAUGAGUUCAUUGUUAUUCACAAUGGCAUCAUCACCAACUAUAAAUAUCUAAGAUCUUUCCUGGUGAGCAAAGGCUAUAUGUUUGAGUCGGAGACAGACACAGAGUCCAUAGCCAAGCUGGUGAAGUACAUGUACGAUAACAGGGAGGAGGACGACCUCAGUUUUGCCACACUGGUUGAAAGGGUGACCCAGCAACUGGAAGGUGCUUUUGCGCUGGUCUUUAAGAGUGUUCAUUACCCUUCCGAGGCAGUUGGCACACGGAGGGGAAGUCCUCUGCUGAUUGGUGUGCGAAGUGACCACAAGCUGUCGGCAGACCAUAUUCCUGUGGUGUAUCGCUCAUCCAGCAAAGACAAGAAGAGCUGCCCUUCCCUUCCCAGGGCCGACCCGGACACCUGCCUGUUCCCUGUGGAUGACAAAGCUGUUGAGUACUACUUUUCCUCGGAUGCAAGUGCAGUGAUAGAGCACACAAACCGGGUGAUCUUCCUGGAAGACGAUGAUGUGGCUGCUGUGAAAGAUGGACGGCUGUCCAUCCACAGGAUAAAACGCCGGGCUGGAGACUAUGCGGCCCGUGCUAUCCAGACCUUGCAGAUAGAGCUGGAGCAGAUCAUGAAAGGAAACUACAGCACUUACAUGCAGAAGGAAAUCUUUGAGCAGCCGGAGUCUGUCGUCAACACCAUGAGAGGAAGAGUCAACUUUGACAACAACACAGUGACACUGGGUGGACUGAAGGACCACAUCAAAGAGAUCCAGAGAUGCCGACGCCUCAUCCUGAUUGCGUGCGGCACCAGCUACCAUGCCGGCGUAGCGACCCGUCAGGUGCUGGAGGAGCUGACAGAGCUGCCUGUUAUGGUGGAGCUCGCCAGCGACUUCAUGGACCGGAACACACCCGUCUUCCGAGACGAUGUCUGCUUCCUUAUUAGCCAGUCAGGGGAGACGGCUGAUAGUUUAAUGGCUCUACGCUACUGUAAGGAGAGAGGGGCUUUGACUGUGGGCAUCACCAACACAGUGGGCAGCUCCAUUUCACGAGACACUGACUGUGGAGUCCACAUCAACGCCGGCCCGGAGAUCGGAGUGGCAAGCACCAAGGCCUACACAAGCCAGUUUGUGGCCCUGAUCAUGUUUGCGCUGAUGAUGUGUGAUGACAGGAUUUCCAUGCAGCCAAGACGUCGUGAGAUCAUUCAGGGCCUGGGGAUGCUUCCAGAUCUGAUCAAGGAGGUCCUCAGUUUGGAUGAUGAGAUCCAGAAGCUGGCAACAGAGCUUUACCAUCAGAAGAGCGUACUGAUCAUGGGCAGAGGUUACCAUUAUGCUACCUGCCUGGAGGGCGCUCUGAAAAUCAAAGAGAUUACGUACAUGCAUUCUGAGGGCAUCCUGGCCGGGGAGUUGAAACAUGGACCAUUGGCCCUGGUGGACAAGCUCAUGCCUGUCAUCAUGAUCAUCAUGAAAGACAAUACUUACAUCAAAUGUCAGAAUGCCCUGCAGCAAGUCGUCGCCCGCCAGGGCCGCCCCAUCGUGAUCUGUGACCGCGACGACGUCGAGAGCAUCAGCAACUCAUGCCGCACCAUCAAAGUGCCUCACUGCGUGGACUGCUUGCAGGGCAUCCUGAGCGUCAUCCCCUUGCAGCUGCUCUCUUUCCACCUGGCCGUGCUCCGAGGUUACGACGUGGACUGUCCAAGAAACCUGGCCAAGUCAGUGACAGUGGAGUGAACCUCACAGCAGGACACAUGGCGAAGGAGCGAAGAAGAAAAAAAAAAACAUCCUGUUUGUGGUUCCGGAUCCGUGCGUCCACCAUUUGACUUGUAUUUUACUGUCUCAUCUCUGUAUCUCACUGUUAGACUUGGUGUUGUCGUAGGCUGCUGGUGGCACCAUGGUCUGGGCUGGCACUGAUAAUGUUAUCCUCCCCCUCGCUCCAUCUUGGUGCACCUGUAGCUUCCACCUGGAUAUUCCUGCGUCCAAGUUAUGCAAUCAACCAGUGAGUAAAUGAUUUUCACUGGAAGCAUUUUGGAGCAACUUUGUUAAAGUGCAAUGAUUUGUAGUCUAGUUGUGUCUUUCUUUCUGUUUUGGCAGCUAAUCAUUUGAAGUGUCUUUACUCAAUUUAUUUCGGGCCACAGGACUCAUAAAUGCCAAGUUUGUUGGAUUUAUGUGCGCACACCAGUUACUGAAGUAGCGGCGUUUACACUGGUGGGUCCAGUCUUCAUGUUAUAGUAGCUUGAUCCACACAUGGUUUGUUACAUUCUUUUGUUUUAUAUUUUACACACCGUUGGGAAGCUUCUGGUCGACUGUUGAUUUUUUGUUGCGUGUCAAGAGCACAUGACCGUGCUUCCACAAUGAAGUGUUACCAGUGAGAUGAAGUUACAGUACUUAGUGCCAGCCCACACUUUUCCACCCAGCUACUGCAAACACAAUAUCGGGACCAUUUGUAGCGGCUAUUCAUUUUAUACUUUUUCAUGUUCUUGAAAAAAUAAAUCAGGUUUUUUUUCUAUAGUGUGAUUUUAAAUGUGAAUGUUACAUAAAAACGUCCUGUCAAACCAAACAAGCUGAUUGUUUGAACUAAACCAAAACGUGUAUUUUGAUUUUUUUUUUUUUUUUAGCCAAACAUACUAAAUAUGCUGUUAAACAUUGUGUCAUGGCAGUGUAGAUAAUAUACAUGCAGACAAACCCAUGUUAUUCAAGCACAGCUGUGAAGGAACAGGAGCUGCUGGAGUUAACAUUUUUACUGCUCACUUUUGACAUUCAUCUGGCUUCUGCAAUCAAGUGUAAUCUCAAGAUGUGCAUAUCUCCUCAAAAUCGAUCCUAUAUUUUGAAAUGUGUAUUCUUUGAAGUCGUUGAACAGGGUGGUGCAAUGGGACAUUAUUUAGUAUCACAGUUGAUGCAAUAGAGAGUCAACAACCUCUCUUCAAGUGAGCUCAUUGGAGGACAUGGUGCAGCACUUUUGGAAAAAAAUACUGACAAUUGUACUUCACAGUUCAAGUCUGCACAACAAUCUGCAUUUAAAUGGACAUUAAAAUGAUAUGGAAUAUUCUUUCA